AUGAAGAGAAAAACGGAGUCUAAAAGUACAGAAACAGAGAUAUUCAUAAAUCGAAGUAUUCCUUCUGAGCUGUUUGGUAAUACCAGAGAGGAGGCUGAGUUUAUAGCAAAGGAGGAGAUAAUGGGAUUGCUAGGAGACAUUCAGGAGGAGAAACCUUUUUCGAGUGGAGAAACAGUUGAAGACAAAAUGGAUGAGAUCUUCGAUAAGCUUGAAAAAAGUCAGGUUCUGCUGAUUGAAGGAAACACUGGGUGUGGGAAGACAACAAAGAUUCCAAAGUAUCUACUCAAGAAGUAUGAGAGAAUAGUCUGUACACAACCCAGGAGGAUAGCAGCUAUAAGUAUUGCAAAGAAAGUUGCUCGAGAUAUGAACGUGAAGCUAGGGGAGGAGGUCGGAUAUUCUAUAAGAUUUGAUGAUAGGUCGAGUAGUAAGACUAGACUAAAGUAUGCCACUGAUGGUAUUUUGAUAAGAGAGAUAAACGGCGACAAGUAUCUCAAGAAGUAUGACGUUGUAAUUGUUGAUGAAGCACACGAAAGAAGCAUCAACAUAGACAUUCUUCUUGGGUAUCUGAAGUUGAUUCUAGCGAAGAGAAGUGACAUCCGAGUGAUUAUAAUGAGCGCAACAUUGAAUUCUGAGAAGUUUGUUUCCUUCUUUAAGUGCCAGACGGUUGGGAUUAAGCAUAAGAUGUUUCCACUAGAGAUAUUUUUCUUGAAGAGGUCGGAGGUUAUGGAUUAUUUGAGUGAGGUAGUGAAGACUGUUGUUCAGAUACAUAGAACGGAGGAGAGUGGAGACAUAUUGGUGUUUCUAACAGGAAAGGAAGAAAUAAAUGGAGGAAGAGCCCUUCUUAUGGAAGCACUGGGGGACGAUGUUGAAGUAUGCUGUUUAUACAGCACCCUUUCUCCUGAGGAACAAGAGAUUGCCUUCAAGAAGGUAAAGAAGAGGAAGGUUGUUCUUGCAACGAACAUUGCAGAGACAUCGAUAACGAUUGAGGGGAUAAAGUAUGUAGUGGACUGUGGAAGGUCCAAACAGAUGAGGUACUCAGCAUCUUUUGGAAUGGAUAUAUUAGAGAUUGGGUGGAUAUCAAAAUCACAAGCGAAACAAAGAGCUGGAAGGGCAGGAAGGACUCAGAAGGGAAAGGUGUUCCGAAUAUAUUCGAAAGAGGAGUAUCAAAGGAUGAACGAUAAUGCCUUACCCGAGAUAUUUUGUUGUAACCUUGCAAAGGCUGUGCUAGAACUAAAAUCCAUUGGGUUGGAUGACAUUGUGAACUUUGAUCUUAUAGAUAAGCCUUCAUUCUCGAACUUGAAGAAGGCGUUGGAAUUGCUAUACUAUCUUCGAGCCAUAGAAGGGAAUGGAAAGAUAACACCGAUUGGGGUCCAGGCAUCCAAAAUUCCUCUAGAGCCCGAGAUGGCGGUUUCAUUAAUUGUGUCUGCCAAACUUGGAUGCCUCGAUGAUGUCUCGAUCAUAGCAGCAAUGCUGAGUGUGGGAAAUGUAUGGCAAGGGAUUUCUCGGCAUAGCCAGUUGUACAAGGCAUUCCUUCAUGCGAAGGCUGCGCAUUUCGAUAAGAGGGGAGACCAUUUUUCACUUCUUGGAAUAUACAGAAAAUGGGAGAAGACAGGAUUUAAGAUAUGGUAUCUAAAGAAAUGGUUUUUGAACAUCAGAGUUAUGCUUCAGGUUGUGAAGAUCAAGAAGCAAUUGUGCUCGAUGUUCGAGGGGCCGCCCAAGUCUGAUGAGAACAAGGUUGUUUUGUCAUUCUGUGCAGGAUAUUUUAUGAAUGUUGCCAAGCUUUCCGAAGGAUCAUACACUUCGAUAUUCAAUGAUACUCAAUGCUUUAUACACAGCUCUAGCUGUAUGUCGAAGCAGCACCCGAAAUACAUUCUUUACCAUAGCCUAUGUAGGACUGAGAAGGAGUAUGCAAGGUAUUGUAUGGAGGUAACACAAGAGGAUCUACUCAAAGGGGCAAACCAUAUGUUUAAUAAGCUUCAGGAAUCUUAA